UCUAUAUAUUUGUGUGUCAAAGGAAGAAAGUAAGGUUAAGUUAGCGGCAACAAAAACAAAACAAAUAUUGUUUAUAUUUAAAAUUUUGCAAUGAGUAUUAUUUUAGAUUGUAGAACUUGCUUAGGACAAUUUGCUUAUAAGGAUACCGUAAACAUAGAAACAACAAUUAACAGAGAAAAUUCGAUUUUACAGGCUAUUGAGCAAGUGGCUUCCAUUGAGAUAUCUGAAACUGAUACUUUCCCAAGACAAAUUUGUCAAGGAUGUUUUCGUUCCCUAGAAUCGUGUUUAACCUUUCGCCAGCAAAUUAUCACUUCACACAUAGAACUAAAAAAAAGGUUACAACUUGAAGUGCAGGAUCCUCUGCUGGUGCCAAUUAAUCCUAAAGAGCUAGUGUCUCAAAAUGAAAAACUGGAAAUAAAAGUAGAGGAAUUUCUCAAUGAAAACAAACAAAAUCAUGAUACUAAAGAACCAAUUGAAAUUGAUGAAAAUAGCAGUGAUUGGAAAGAUUUCAAUGAUGGAAAUAAUUCUGAAGAUAGCCCAUUUGAUGAGGAGAUAAAACCUGCUGUUGUUAAAUUAAAGAGAAAAAGAAAAACAAAAAAAUCUAUAAGAACUAAUGUUAAACAUUCUGAUACCUCCUCGGAAAGCUGUGACUCUGAUGUACCACUGGAAGAAUUAAAAAAAGAAAUGAGGGCUUUAGAAAAAAAAACUGAAUCCAAAAUCAGGAUAAAACGAGAAAAUAAGGGGAACUUUGAUGAACCUAGACUAUGUCCAAUUUGUGGUAAAUUGUUUAAAUCAAGACAGAAUUUUAGUUCUCACAUGACUACAGCUCAUAGGAGCAAACCUGAUAAACCAGAAAAAAUUAGUUGUUUAUGUCCAGAUUGUGGCAGGGUGAUCACCGGCUCAAGACAGAAUUUUGUGGCACACCGAAGAUAUCAUCAUUCAGACAAAGCCCAGGUAAAGAAAAGAUUUACAUGUGAUCACUGUCCUAGAAAAUUUUACAGGGAAAAGAAUCUCAUUAUUCACCAGCGAUUUCACAAAGGAGAGAAGGGAUAUGUGUGUGAACUAUGUCCUGAUAAAUCCUAUACACAAAUUGGUGGUCUCAUACUUCAUAGAAGAAAAGUUCAUCUACAAACUCCCACUUGUACUUGCAACUAUUGUGGCAAGCAGUUCUAUGAAAAACAUUACCUUGAAACUCACAUAAGACAGUGGCAUACAGGUGAACGACCUUUUUCAUGUGAAAUCUGUGGAAAAGCGUUCAGUUGUAAUGGAACACUUUUAAGACAUAGAAAAGACAGUCAUGGAGAGAAACAGCCAUGUCCUAAAUGUGGAAAAAUGUACACAGACGGGGAGUUAAGAAAACACUUAAAAAGACACAAAAUACGGGAAGAAGGCAUUAAACGGAAAAAGUACACUUGUGAAUACUGUGGAACUGAAAUGAAUUUUACUUCACGAAAACGGCAUUUACUAAAGCAGCACGGAAUAAUGUUAAAAGGGAGAGGGGAACAAGCUGAAAGGAUUCCCGUCGCAGAUGCCAUAUAAUUUUAACAUUUUCAUGAUAUUCAAUAAGUCUGACUAUAUUGUAGCAAUAAGUAUUAAUUAACUUUUUAGAAAAUAGCUUUAAAAAUAUUUAUUUUUGUAUAUAGAUUUAGUUUAACUUUUUAAUAGAUUUCAGGUAUCUACUUAUAUGUUUUGCAAUAAAUCUUUUGUAUUGAG